AUGAAACUUCGUCUAUCUUCACCUUCAUACUUCUUCCUGUAUAUUCAAUCUUCUUCAUCUAUUUUCAACUUCAUUCUUCUUCCCCUAGAUUCUUUUUCAAUCAUCUUCCUCUACCUUCAUCUUCAUUCUUCUUCCUAUAUAUUCUGCUUCAUUCUUCUUCGUCUAUCUUCCUCCUCUACAUUCUCUCUCAAUCAUCUUCCUCUACCUACACCUUCCUUCAUUCUCCUUCCUCUACCUUCACCUUCAUUCUUCUUUAGCUACAUUAAAUCUCCUUCCUCUACCUUCUCCUUAAAUCUCCUUCCUCUACCUUCACCUUCAUUCUCCUUCCUCUACCUUCACCUUCAUUCGCCUUCCUCUACCUUCACCUUCAUUCUCCUUCCUCUACCUUCAUCUUCAUUCGCCUUCCUCUACCUUCACCUUCAUUCUCCUUCCUCUACCUUCACCUUCAUCCUCCUUCCUCUACCUUCAUCUUCAUCCGCCUUCCUCUACCUUCACCUUCAUUCUCCUUCCUCUACCUUCACCUUCAUUCGCCUUCCUCUACCUUCACCUUCAUUCUCCUUCCUCUACCUUCACCUUCAUCCUCCUUCCUCUACUUUCAUCUUCAUCCGCCUUCCUCUACCUUCACCUUCAUUCUCCUUCCUCUACCUUCACCUUCAUCCUCCUUCCUCUACCUUCACCUUCAUUCUCCUUCCUCUACCUUCACCUUCAUUCUCCUUCCUCUACCUUCACCUUCAUCCUCCUUCCUCUACCUUCAUCUUCAUACGCCUUCCUCUACCUUCACCUUCAUUCUCCUUCCUCUGCCUUCACCUUCAUUCGCCUUCCUCUACCUUCACCUUCAUUCGCCUUCCUCUACCUUCACCUUCAUUCUCCUUCCUCUACCUUCACCUUCAUCCUCCUUCCUCUACCUUCAUCUUCAUCCGCCUUCCUCUACCUUCACCUUCAUUCUCCUUCCUCUACCUUCACCUUCAUCCUCCUUCCUCUACCUUCACCUUCAUCCUCCUUCCUCUACCUUCACCUUCAUUCUCCUUCCUCUACCUUCACCUUCAUCCUCCUUCCUCUACCUUCACCUUCAUUCUCCUUCCUCUACCUUCACCUUCAUCCUCCUUCCUCUACCUUCAUCCUCCUUCCUCUACCUUCAUCUUCAUUCUCCUUCCUCUACCUUCAUCUUCAUUCUCCUUCCUCUACCUUCACCUUCAUUCUCCUUCCUCUACCUUCACCUUCAUUCUCCUUCCUCUACCUUCACCUUCAUCCUCCUUCCUCUACCUUCACCUUCAUUCCUUUCCUUUCCCUUCAUUUCUCCCUCCUCUCCUUCAUCCCUUUCAUUCAUCCUUCCUCUACCUUCACCUUCAUUCAUCCUCCUUCCUCUACCUUCACCUUCAUUCUCCUUCCUCUUCACCUUCACCUUCACCUUCCUCCUUCCUCUACAUCUUCAUUCAUUCCUUCCUCUACCUUCACCUUCAUUCUCCUUUCCUCUACCUUCACCUUCAUUCUCCUUCCUCUACCUUCAUCUUCAUUCCUUCCUUCCUCUACCUUCACCUUCAUUCUCCUUCCUCUACCUUCACCUUCAUCCUCCUUCCUCUACAUCUUCAUUCGCCUUCCUCUACCUUCACCUUCAUUCUCCUUCCUCUACCUUCACCUUCAUUCUCCUUCCUCUACCUUCACCUUCAUUCUGCUUCCUCUACCUUCACCUUCAUUCUCCUUCCUCUACCUUCACCUUCAUCCUCCUUCCUCUACUUUCAUCUUCAUCCGCCUUCCUCUACCUUCACCUUCAUUCUCCUUCCUCUACCUUCACCUUCAUCCUCCUUCCUUACCUUCACCUUCAUCUUCCUUUACCUUCAUUCAUCCUUCCUCCUACCUUCACCUUCAUUCUCUUUCCUCUGCCUUCACCUUCAUUCUCCUUCCUCUACCUUCACCUUCAUUCAUUCUUCUUCCUCUACCUUCACCUUCAUUCUCCUUCCUCUACCUUCACCUUCAUCCUCCUUCCUCUACCUUCAUCUUCAUCCUACCUUCAUCUUCAUCCUCCUUCCUCUACCUUCACCUUCAUUCUCCUUCCUCUACCUUCACCUUCAUUCUCCUUCCUCUACCUUCACCUUCAUCCUCCUUCCUCUACCUUCACCUUCAUUCUCCUUCCUCUACCUUCACCUUCAUCCUCCUUCCUCUACCUUCACCUUCAUCCUCCUUCCUCUACCUUCACCUUCAUUCUCCUUCCUCUACCUUCACCUUCAUUCUCAUUCCUCUACCUUCACCUUCAUCCUCCUUCCUCUACCUUCACCUUCAUUCUCCUUCCUCUACCUUCACCUUCAUCCUCCUUCCUCUACCUUCACCUUCAUUCUCCUUCCUCUACCUUCUCCUUCAUUCUCCUUCCUCUACCUUCACCUUCAUCCUCCUUCCUCUACCUUCACCUUCAUCCUCCUUCCUCUACCUUCACCUUCAUUCUCUUUCCUCUACCUUCAAUGUUCUUUCUCUAUCUUCUUUUUCAAUCUUCUUUCUCUACAUUGUCCUUCAAUCUUCUAUUUUCUCCUUCAUACUUCUUUCUCUGUCUUCUUUAUAUUCUUCUUCAUCUUCUUAUUUUAUUUCUUGUUUCUUGUUUAUUAUUGUGCACCUUCUUCUACAGCUUCUUAUUCUCAUAAUUACUAUUAUUAA